GAGGAAUAUGACACACAUGACCCUAAGGGCCACUGUUCGUUAGUACUGCCUUUUUUGAUGAAGAGGACGAAAGUUAUUGAGAUAGUUGCGGCACAUGACAUUGUCUUUGCUCUUGCUCAUUCUGGUGUUUGUGCAGCUUUUAGUAGAGAGACAAACAAGAGGAUAUGUUUCUUGAAUGUCAGUCCAGAUGAAGUCAUCCGAAGCUUGUUUUACAACAAGAAUAAUGAUUCCCUCAUCACAGUUUCUGUUUAUGCUUCGGAUAAUUUCAGCUCAUUGAAAUGCAGAUCAACAAGGAUUGAAUAUAUACAAAGGGGGAAACCAGAUGCUGGGUUUCCUCUUUUCGAAUCUGAAUCUUUGAAAUGGCCUGGUUUUGUGGAAUUUGAUGAUGUUAAUGGAAAGGUGCUCACUUACUCGGCACAAGAUAGUAUAUACAAGGUGUUUGACCUAAAAAACUACACCAUGUUGUACUCUAUAACAGAUAAUCAUGUUCAAGAAAUCAAGAUAAGGCAAGAAUUUGUGCACAUGCAUAUAUUGUAG